GUUGUAUUCAUAUAAGAGAAUUAAAAAAAAGGAAAAGGAAAGAGAAAGACCAAGUAAUCUUAUUGGCCGGCUGAGGUAAUAAUUAUACUAAAACCCAGAGAAUCAAACUAAGAACUUCUCCAUUAAGCCCAGUUGAAAAAUUGACUCCAUUUCGUCAGAGUAGGAAAAUUCAUACUAACAAAUCCAAAUAUCCAAUAUUAACAACUCAAUCAUCAUUUAAAUCCUGCUGAAUUUUCUUCAACAAUCUCUAUUUUCUGUAUUUGUUCAUCAAUUCUGACAAGAUGAGGCUACUUAGGUUGAGCCUUAUUGUGUCCAUACCAAUCUUAUUAUCGAUCACGGUUUGGGCAAGUGAGGAUCGGAUAAACAAAUCAACUCCAGGAUUGAUUUGGUCGACUGGUAAAGAAGUAGGAGAAUUAUAUAGGAAGUCACAUUCUGAAGAACCUGUGGCAUUGAAUGAACAUGAUGAGCUUGAUGGUGGUUUUUCUUCCCUUGAUGGAAUGUUACAGUGGGCAAUAGGACAUUCUGACCCAACAAAACUGAAGGAUGCUGCAAAAUCUGUGCAACGCCUAUCUGAUGAUGAGCUAAAGCAGCGCCAAAUAGAACUUCAGGAAUUAGUGGAAAAACUAAGAAUGCCUUCAGAUGCAGAGUUGAUGAAAGUUGCAAUAAAUGACUUGAAUAAUUCCUCUAUCUCUUUUGAAGGUCGUCUUCGUGCUCUUGAAGAUCUUUUGAACCUUGUUGAAUCUAUAGAUAAUGCCAACGUUUUACACAAAUUUGGUGGUCUCGCUGCUGUUAUAAGCCAGCUUGACAACAUUGAGCCAGAUGUAAGGAAGCUUGCUGCUUGGGUUCUCGGAAAGGCUAGCCAAAACAACCCAGUUGUUCAGGACCAGGUGUUAGAUUUUGGUACACUGGCAAAGCUCAUGAAGAUGGUGAGAUCUGAUGUUGUGGAAGAGGCCUCCAAAGCAUUGCAUGCAGUUUCUGCCAUAAUCAGAAACAAUUUAAAUGGCCAGAAAAUAUUUUAUGCAGAAGCUGGAGACUUGAUGCUUAAGGAUAUACUGAGCAAUUCUACCUUUGACAUUAGAUUACAACGGAAAUGUGUUUUACUUGUCGGUGAUUUAGCAGAAUGUCAACUAGAAAACAUCGAUAAAGCAGAGCUUCCCUUUUUUAGUGAUCGUGAUUUGUUGAAGGCAAUCGUUGAUUUAACCUUGUUAGAUGACCUGGAUCUUCAGGAAAAGGCACUUGCCGCAAUAAAGAUUUUACUACAACUUAGGACGAUUGAGGCUUCAAUUUUCAAGGAUUUCUGUGCUUUGGACAAGGUAUUGGAAAGAACGAGGUUGCAAUUGGAACAGUUAAUGGAGGUUGAAGAUCAAAGAGAUUAUGCCAAGGAUGUGGAAAUCCUCCGCCAAGAGGUGGCGCUGAUUUUUUACAAGAAGCUUGAGAAAUGCUGAGAAGAUGUUAGGAUAUCAUUCGGAAGCUCUUAAAAGCUGCAACGUAGGGUCAUACAGUGGUCAUGACUUGUCGAUUACCAAGUUGCUGAUAUUUUUCGGGUAGAGUUUUGUAGAUUAUUCGAAUGUUAACUAUAUUAUACAGGGACAGCGUAUAUGCGAAAGAAGAAUGGUCGAACUGCGCAAGCGCAUAUAUUACUCAAAGCUUCGUUGUUUUGGCUGAAGGAAGUCGUCUUUAUAGUAUAGUGUACUAGUGUUAGGUUUUUGGAAGUCCAAAGGAUUUCACAGUUAGAUCUCUGUGUUCACCGUAUAUGUCAUUAGUUGUACUAUUUUUUUUCCCCUCUUUUUAGAUGUGUUUGUACUUUUUUUUUUUUCGAUACGACCAUUUAAUUUCAGCUCAACGUGUUUGGCACAAAGAUAGUCGUUACUAUUAAUUUUUUUAUCAAUAAAUCCCCAAAUUUGUUUUCUAUAAAAGCGCUGGACGUUUCUCGUAUUAUAUUGUUUCGAAGGUUACGAUGUUGAUUUCACUUCAAGAGGCUACAAUGUCUAUUUGUGUAUGGACAAAAAUGUGAGAGUUUUUUUAUUAUAUGGUGUAAAAUCAAAAAAUAAAAAAAUUAAUUUUUUAUUGAUAUAUGAAUAUGAUUUCCGUUUACAUUAUGACAUUUUAUUCCAGUAU